AUGAAUCAUAACAAGAUAGGAGUUUAUCAUUCUGAAUCAAUUGAUUCCAGCUCAGUUGAAUCAUCAACUAUACAAUCAAGAAUUUUAUGUGAAUGUUUUCGAAAAAGAAAGUUGAUGUGGAUAAUCAUUUUUUGUAUUGUCAUAGUGUUAAUUAUAAUUAUACCAAUAAUUAUUGUUAAAACGAAAAAAGUAAAGGAACCACAGGUAUCGACUACAAAAAUAAUAUCCAUAACAACAGAAGAACCAACAACACAAGCGGCACCUAUACCAUCAACAACAACAACAACAACAUCAGCAACAUCAUUAUCAUCAUCAACAACAACAACAAAUGGUCAGUAA